AUGCUCCGCAGAUUCUACUCCACCCCUGCCUUGCGUAAGACCCCAUUGUACGAGAGCCAUGUCAAGUACGGUGCCAAAUUCGUGCCCUAUGCUGGCUUUGAGAUGCCUAUCAUGUACAAGGACCAAACCCAUAUUGAAUCCCACAACUGGGUCCGUUCUAAGGUGGGGUUGUUCGAUGUAAGUCAUAUGUUGCAACACCGCUUUGAAGGUCCUGAUGCUGUUGCCUUCUUGCAGAAAAUCACCCCAAUCGACUUGUCUCAGCUUGACCCUUUCACCUCCAGCUUAUCGGUGUUGCUUAACAACGAUGGAGGUAUCAUUGACGACACCAUCAUUACCAAACAUGGUGAAGAUAAGUUCUACAUGGUCACCAAUGCCGGAUGCAGAGAUAAAGAUCUUGCUUUCAUCGCCGAGGAAUUGAAGGCAUUCCCUGGUGCCAACCACACCACCUUCGAAGGCACCUUAUUGGCUGUGCAAGGACCUCAGGCGGCCAAUUUGAUGCAGAAAUUCACCAAUGAAAAGUUGCUGGAUGUUACAUUUGGCCAUACUCAGUUCUUAAAGUUGAACACCGGAAUUGAAUCAGACAUUCACCUUUCCAGAACCGGCUACACUGGAGAAGAUGGCUUUGAGCUUUCUAUCCCCUCCACCAACGACGCCGAAUCCAAGCAAGCCAGAGAGUUCUUUGAGAUGUUGAUUGAUGAGUACCCCGAGUUGGUCAAACCAAUCGGAUUGGCUGCAAGAGAUUCCUUGAGAUUGGAGGCCGGAAUGUGUCUUUACGGCAACGAAUUGAACGAGAACAUCACGCCUGUUGAAGCUUCAUUGGCAUGGUUGAUUCCUAAAACCAGAAGAAGUGAGGAAGCUGGCUUCAACGGCAGCUCAAAGAUCUUGGAACAAUUGACUAACAAGGGGUUAGUGAAGAGUCGUCGUAUUGGAGUGGUUUCUAAGGGUCCAGCCCCAAGAACCGGAGCAAAGAUCUUGGAUUCCGAUGGUAAUGAAGUGGGACACAUCACGUCUGGCUCUUUGUCGCCAACUUUGGGGCUGAACGUUGCUCAGUCAUACAUUGACAAGAAAGUGAAGAUUGGAUCUGACGUCCAAAUUGAUAUCAGAGGCAAGUUGAGACCAGGUAAGGUGACCAAGCUUCCUUUCGUGGAGAACAACUUCUACAGAGGGUAA